AUGGCUCUGCUGCUCGCCUGGGCGUGUGUGGCUGUGAGCGUGGGGACGGCGCUGGGGGACCAGGGCGACGGGGCGGACCUCUACUCGGAAAACAUCACCCGCAUCCUCGACAAGUUGUUGGACGGCUACGACAACAGGCUCCGACCGGGAUUUGGAGGCGCCGUGACAGAAGUCAAGACGGACAUCUACGUGACCAGCUUCGGGCCGGUGUCCGACGUGGAGAUGGAAUACACAAUGGAUGUCUUCUUUCGUCAGACAUGGACUGAUGAGAGGCUGAAGUUUAGUGGGCCAACUGAAAUUUUGAGACUGAACAAUUUAAUGGUCAGUAAAAUUUGGACACCAGACACGUUUUUUAGAAAUGGAAAAAAAUCAAUUGCUCACAAUAUGACAACUCCUAACAAACUUUUCAGAAUUAUGCAGAAUGGAACUAUUCUUUACACUAUGAGACUAACCAUUAAUGCUGACUGUCCUAUGAGGUUGGUGAAUUUCCCAAUGGAUGGACAUGCUUGUCCACUGAAAUUUGGAAGCUAUGCUUAUCCAAAAAGUGAAAUAAUUUAUACUUGGAAAAAAGGACCAUUGCAUUCAGUAGAAGUACCUCAGGAGUCUUCCAGUCUUCUCCAGUACGACCUCAUAGGACAAACUGUAUCUAGUGAAACAAUUAAAUCUAACACAGGUGAAUAUGUAAUCAUGACAGUUUAUUUCCACUUGCAAAGGAAGAUGGGCUACUUCAUGAUUCAGAUAUACACUCCUUGCAUUAUGACAGUCAUUCUUUCUCAGGUGUCUUUCUGGAUUAACAAGGAGUCUGUUCCAGCCAGGACAGUUUUUGGGGAAUAUUCACUCCAGCUGCUCUAUUUCCAUCUGCAAAGGAAAAUAGGCUACUAUCUCAUUCAGACAUACAUUCCAUGCAUCAUGACUGUCGUCUUGUCUCAAGUUGUGUUUUGGAUUAACAAAGAAUCUGUUCCAGCAAGAACCGUGGCUGGAAUCACCACCGUGCUCACCAUGACCACCCUGAGCAUCAGCGCUCGCCACUCCCUGCCCAAGGUGUCCUACGCCACCGCCAUGGACUGGUUCAUCGCCGUGUGCUUUGCCUUUGUCUUCUCUGCACUCAUUGAGUUUGCAGCUGUCAACUACUUCACCAAUCUCCAGGCUCAGAGAGCAAUGAGGAAGGCAGCCAGGGCAGCAGCACUGGCAGCAGCACUAUCAGCAGCAACUGUACCGGCAGAGGACGAGAUUGUCUCGCAUUCUGACUCCAACUCCAACCUGAAGAAGAGAGUGAACUCCAUAGCAUCUCAGGCAGAGCAGUCUCCUGAGCCCAGCAUAAUAUCAAACACUGCAUCCCAGUGUCAACCUCUGCCUGUUCCUCCACCUGCCCCACCACAACCACCAGCCAUUGGAGGUGCAAGUAAAAUAGACCAGUAUUCCAGGAUCCUCUUUCCAGUGGCAUUUGCAGGAUUCAACCUGGUGUACUGGGUUGUUUAUCUUUCAAAAGACACCAUGGAGUUUUUUGAACCUUCAGCAAUGCAUUUUCGAAAUGACCCUCAGUCCAACUGA